CGUGUCUCCAGGCGAGCCCUGCCCAACACCCGCAUAACGCUGUACGCCCGGCCAGGAACUGCCGAAAUAGCCUAUCGUCACACCUCAAUAUUUAUAGGAACCUCAACCAUGGCAGAAACCGAACGAGACUCCAAAAUAUCCUUGGCAUCAGCGACCGGCCCAGGAAAGGAGGACUCGGGCUUAGACGUUGAAGGUUAUCUCCCUUCAUUGCGUGACGGCGCAGUCGCAAAUGGCGUCGGCGAGAAUGCACCCCGCUCACCACUGGCAGCGUCGGCAGCAGAACCAGAUAAUGCGCCCGCUCAUUCACAGCAGCAGCCAACGAGGGAAGAGGCACCUCGCACGACGGGAGAGGAGUCGUCCUCGCAGUCAACACCAUUGUCAGCUGUCAACAGCAACAUUGCCGCUCUUCGAUCAGCCACAGCAACAGCAUCCCCGAAACCUGCCAAACGACGGAAAAAGUUCUACUAUCUGCAGAUAACCAUCUCCCUGCCGAAACGAGGGGCUCUGCCAGGGUACGAAGGGGACCGACGAGUAGAGUGGGCUGUAGGCGACGACGCAGCAGAUAUCGCCGAGUCGGCAGACAAAACGAGGGAAGCGCUGACGACCCUCAAAGCGUUCUGGGACGACGUAUCACCCGAAGAGCUCAGCUUCGCUGAAUUCGUCUGGUGUGUCUUUGGCGAAGAGUUUACAGAAGCGGCGGCGAAAGACCCAGAGCAGGAUGUGACGGGGCAUAUGGCAACCAGGCUGGCCGGCAACACUAUGGCGUUAUCGGCGUUUUUGGCAGAUGUGCGGGACUGGGACGCUUUUCGACUGUUGAUUAGGCGGCGGGCGGGGAGAUUACCGGUGACGCUGGCCGCACGAGGCCAGGAGAAGCGGAGACGAGCAAAAGGGAAAGGAGACUCUCCCGACUCGUCCAACACGUCCUCAUCCAAGUUAUCGAUGCGGGACGAAGCGGUGCGGAUGUUGGCCUCGGAGGCGUUUUUCUACGUCAUGGCAGAGCGGGAAGCAGAAUGGGAAGCCAAACGGUUGGCUCUAGAGGCGGCUCUGGCAGCCGCAGAAAGAAAAGUGCAACGCAUCGUGCACUCGGUCACUGGCGCGCUGGGCGGGGCUAUUGGCGAAGUGCCGUUACAUCGGGCGUCGCAGCGGACGGACACUAUCGUGCGUGGGUCGCUGGAAUUGCUGAAACAUAUGGAACAGCAUAGCAACAAUAGCAGCAGUGGCGGUGCGGGCGGGGCGAGUAUGCCCGCACCAUCACACCCAAGUAGAUCACGCAAGAAGCAACCACAGCAGCAAAACCGUCGCAGUGGCAACCAUCACGGACGUGGUAACCAGCAUUCGACAGGGCAUUCAGGGAGUCUCACUAAGAAAGUGAGCUUUGACGAAAGCACCAUACGGCGCGAGGACGUGAAAGAUAGGUUGCGACUCGCGUUAGAGGAGGCUUGCGGACGGCUGGAUAAUACAGAAAGCAGAGAAGCCACGACGAAAGAGAUCUGGCGCGCGUUGAACGCUGCGCUCGAUGGAAACUCAGAAGAGGAAGAAGAGGAGGAGGAAGAAGAGGGAGAAAGCGAUGAGCCAUUGGACGACGAUGAAGGCGAAUACGAGUACACAGACCCACGCCCAGAGCGAAACUACAACCGCUACUCCUCCUCCAACGACGACGACGACCACGACAAAGGCGGCAGCUCCUCCUCCUCCACCGGCCGCUCUCGCCCCGCCCUGUCCUCCGUGCACCGCCCCACUUACCGCCACACCCAGCAACAGACCUCCCCAACCGACCCCACGGGGCUCUACCGCAUGGACAACGCCGCCUUCAUCACACCAGAAUACGCCCCCUCAGACAACUCCGACACCGAACUCAACAGCCCCGAAGACAGCGACCUCGGCCCCGCAAAUAUGCGACACCCACCCACCCUCCGCAUUCACGGCUCCGCCUUCCGCGACCAACGCCACCAACCGCGCCGCCCACCCCAACAUCUCACCCCCCUAGCAGAAGACGAAGACCUGCACCACCCCAGCUCCCCUUCCUACCCACCCCCGCGCGACUCCACCGAACCCAACUGCCUCGACUUCCGCCACACCUUCAAAGGCCGCAGAAGCAACGAGAGCGCACGCCCGACGAGGGGCGGGAGCUCGGAUACGUGGGAUGACUCGAGCUCGCCGUUUCGACCGGACCCGCCGAGGGAGGGAGGAAGUCUGGGGAAGAAGUUUGGCAAGCUCUUAAGGUUGAAGAGUUCGAAGGACUCUUUGAGGAAUUAAAACGCGGCGUAUUACACCCUCCCACUCACACCCCAUCGACGAACUGGUCGCGGCCGGAGCACACAGACCUCGUCCCCCACUCCCCCCUUUGGGCCUGUUAUUCAUUUUUCAUUGUUGAUAUUUGCCCCCCCUCCCCCCCGUUUUUCUCAUUUUGCUUUUGUUGUUUUUCAUUCUGAACAUUUUUUUUUCUUUGUUCCCCAGCGUACAUUGUCAUCGACCUUUGCUCAUCAAAUGACUUUGGUUCUUGUAAUUUUUGGGAAAACUACGUUAGUAUCCCCUCCCCCUCCCCCUCUACGCUAGGCAGAUAGUCAUAGUCACAUAAAAAUAUUUUGGGU